CUUAUCAACAAAACCUAGAAUACCUACAGAAACUGACAGAUACCAAAUAUAUUGUCAAAUGCAACAAAACCAACAAAAUAUAAAACUACAACAAGGAGUUACCAAACUUAAAGAAUUUAAACUAAACCUUUGGCUACAAAAAUACCCUUUUUCAGAAAACAGACUUGAAACCAAACAAGCUUAUCAUACAUUAUUUAAAUCAUAC